UUCCAAUGGAGGCAAUGUCGUCAGAAGAAUGUAAAUAUGGAUUUACCACUAGACUUUUCAACUUUAUCAAAAAGUUAUAUUAAUUUAUAAUUCUGAAAUAUAAAAAAAAUUACUUAAAUGUAGCACAUUUGUUAAGCAAAAUGUUAGUUAUUGACCCGGUAACUUUUACCAUAGCUAUGAUGACAUUUUAAGAAGAUUUUGAAUGGCAAUGGCAACUCCGAUUUGUUAUGAAUCUGGAUUCUGGUAUGGAUAACAAACAGAGAUGAUACAGCUGGUUAGAUAGUUAAGUGACUGAAACUUCAAUUUCUUUUUGUGUGCGUACGAUUUCUCGUGUCUAUUGUUAAAACUUUUUUGCUCUCUACAUCUGAAAACAGGGGAUAACAGCCAUUCAUGCUGAAAAACCCAAUAUCGUACUUCUUUCAAGUUUUAGUUGUUAUUGUUUUCAUGUUAAAAGUUUCGGUUUCUAAAUGCGUUUGGAAAGUAGGCAAUAAUGACUAAUGUUUUUAAAUUGGAUGCCCGAAAACUCUGUUAUAAAAUGUAUACAUAUUAAAAUAAUAACUAAUUCGUUAAAAUGUUUUUUUUUUUUUUAUUAAACUUGCCUGAAAAAUUGGCUUUAUAUGAAACAAAAUAUGAUCAUAAAAUCAAUAGAAAUAUAAAAUUGUUAAAAUACUGUUGAUCAGUUUUCUUGCUUUAUUUUCAGAAAAACUCACAGUAUAAUCUAACCUUUUUCCUUGAAUACUUUUGGUAAACAUUUUCAUUAAUGAAAUGGCAAGUUCAGAUCGGGUUGUCGGUACCUGCAAUGAGAUGUGUUCCGAAAGAGAAAUCAAAUGGCGAGAACGGAAUGGUUUAUUACAUUAUUUUGAAAUUAAUAGUGCUGUGAAACCAGAAAUAAAAGCAGAUCCCACGAAAGUUGUAAAACAGUUUUCUAGAUCUGCAGCUGGCAAACAGUUACUGUCACCUUCAGAUUUAAGACCUUCACCAGUUUUACUCAAAACAAUAGAUUAUUUAGUUGAAAAAAUUGUACCAAGAACAGAUCUACCAUGGGUUGCUAUUUAUGAUUUUGUUAACGAUCGGAUACAAGCUAUUCGCCAAGAUAUGACUAUACAGAUGAUUGAAGACAACAAUGCUGUUGAAAUAUUAGAAAAAUGUGUUCGCUUUUACAUAACUGCAAGUUAUAUCUUAUGUGAAGAACCCAGCAAUAAAUUUGAUCAACAUCUUAACAGUCAACAACUUAGUAUCUGCCUUGAAAGAUUAUUUACGUUGUACCACAAGUUUAAAAGUAAAAACAUGAGUGAAUUUAUAGCUAUAUAUUUUGUUGAGAAUGUAGCAUAUUCUGAAACAUAUUAUCGUUCUGUUUCUGUGUUUUCAGAUUAUUUAAAGAGUUAUGAUGUUAAAAUUUGUAUUCAGAUAUGUACAGCCUAUACAAAUGGAAAUUUUAUACGAUUUUUCAAACUUGUAAAAAAGUUACCAAUAAUUAUUUUAUUAUGUCUUUUUCAUUUAUUUUCCUCUAUCCAUAUAAGUGCAUUAGAGACUUUAAAUGUUGCCUUUAGUUCAAAUGUCUGCAAUUUUCCUAUCAGUACUCUGUGCUCCUGGCUUUCUGUGACUGAUAAAGAGCACUUGUUGCAACUUUGCCAGAAUUGUGGCAUAAAAAUUGAUAAUUCAAAUGUAUGCUUUAAUAAAAAAUUAUUCAACAGAGCUUCCACCUUACCAUUUAAAAAAGAAGCAUUUAUUGAUGAAAAACUGAAGAAAAUCUCCUUGUCAAAAUUGAUUAAUGGAUUAAGUUAAUCUAUUGAAUAUUUUAUCUCUUUUUGAAAAUAUCUUUUUAUAUCAUUGUAAAAAUGAUGUACUUUUAUAGAAUUUUAUGAUGACAUUUAAUUUUUUUUAA